GACAUCCCUCCCAUCAGCGAGUUGGGCCACGCUUUCCUGGUGGUCCGCACUCUAGGCCCCACCUCGGUCGCGCUUUGCCUCCGCAACGUGGCCCAGGCCGCCGCAUCGCGCCCUGCUCUACCAGGGGCCACGGCCUCUACGCCCCUCCUCAGCAACGACGCCGCCAUGGAGCAGUUGGCAUCGGUGCCGGGCUGGUCCCUCGCCUUCCACGAUGGAAGGCCCCUCCUUACGAAGGACUUCUGGUUCCCAGCCUACUCCGUGGCCUGCCAGGCCGUGCAGGAAGUGUGCCAGAAGGCAGAGCUCAUGAACCACCACCCGAAUCUGAAGCUCGCGCACCAUUGCACCCACGGGGCGGUCCUGACGGCCGAGAUCUCCACCUACGUUUCCGGUGGAAUCACGGACUUCGACUUCGCCUUAGCCAAGGCAGUCGAUGAGAUCAGCCCUUCCGAGGCUUACGACGUGCAGAAGCACGUGCCGGAGGUGCACAUGAAGGAUUUCGAGUACGAGUUGCCAGAGGAGCUGAUCGCCCGAUCUCCGGCGGAAGGCCGCAGGUCUCGGCUCUUGCUCGUCGAGGGCAAGAAGGAGCAGGGGACCCAUGAGCUCCAGGACCGCCAGUUCCUGGACUUGCCGAGCCUGCUUCCCUCGAGGGCCCACCUGGUUUUCAACGAGUCGAAGGUCAUCUCGGCUCGGAUGUUCGCCCACCGGGACGCGUCGGGUCCCUCCGUGGAGGUUAUGUUCCUUGCUCCGCACAGCCAGGCCGAAAGGCUGCCCACGAACGCCGCAGAAGCACUUCACCGGGCUUGCCACGGGCAGCUUUGGAAUGCCAUGAUCAGGAUGCCUCUUCGCGAGGCGGGUGCUAUCUUUAACGUGCCCUCGAAGUCUUCGACAAAAUUGUCCGUUGAAGUGGUCCAACUCUCCUCGAAGUGGGUCGAGGAAGGCGAGUCGGAAGGAGUGGAGGCGGUCGUUCGCCUGAACUGCAGCGACCCGAGCCUCCUGGCGAGCGAGGCCUUCGGACAGUUUGGCCACAUCCCACUGCCGCCCUACAUGCGCCGAGAUGCUGAAGCCACAGACUUGCAGGACUACCAGACCGUGUACGCCAAAGAAGACGCCUGCGGCAGCGUGGCGGCACCCACCGCAGGGCUUCACUUUACCGACGAGCUUCUGGGCAAGCUGGAAGCGAAGGGCAUCCGGCGCUCGCCGGUGACGCUCCACGUGGGUGCUGGGACUUUUCGCCCUGUGACGGCGAAGCAGGUUUCGGAGCACGCCAUGCAUACCGAGUCCUUCUCGAUGGAGGUUCCUGCCCUCGAGGAAGUGGCGAAGAGCUUGAAGGACAAGCGGCCGGUGGUUGCUGUGGGAACCACCACAGUCCGGACCCUCGAAUCGCUGUACUGGUUGGCCAGCAACCCACAGCGAAGCUUGGCACAGGGGCUCCACCUGGGACAGUGGGAAGCCUACAGCAUGGAGGAGGAGGGUGCAGGUGGCUUACCUGCAGCAGAGGCGCUGCAGCGACUCUGCGACGAAGCGAAGAAAGUCGGGUUAACCCAGGUGGCUGGCUCUACGAGUUUGUGCAUCGUCCCAGGCUACCAGUUCAAGGUGGUCCAAGAUCUCGUCACGAACUUCCACCAGCCGGACAGCACGCUGCUGCUGCUCGUCGCUGCCUUCACGUCUAGGGCCACCUUGCUCAACGCCUAUGCCCACGCCGUGGCUAACAAGUAUCGCUUCCUGUCCUACGGCGAUGCCUGCUUGUUCCUGUCGGAAGAGACGGCCGCCGCGGCCAAGACCGAGCGUUCCGCAAGCAAUGCCCAGGACCCCAGAGCCGUGAGGCAGCCGAAAGCAGGGGAGAAGGUGCUCUUACACUCAUGUUGCGCCCCGUGCUCAGGAGCCAUGAUUGAGGAAAUGCACACGAAAGGUCUGGACGUGACCAUCUUCUUCUACAAUCCGAACAUCCAUCCCCGCAAGGAGUAUGAGAUUCGCAAGAACGAGAAUGUUCGCUACGCAGAAGCUCUGGGCAUCCCCUUCGUCGACUGCGACUACGACGUGGAAGAGUGGUAUGCCCGAGCGAAGGGAAUGGAGUACUGCCUGGAGCGAGGGCCAAGGUGCUCCAUGUGUUUCGACAUGCGGCUUGAGCGAACCGCUCUUCAUGCUCAUGAACAUGGUUUCCAGUGGAUUACGACAACCAAUGCAACCAGCAGGUGGAAGGAUGCGAAGCAAGUGAAUGCUUCGGGCGUGAAGGCUGCAUUCAACUACCCUGGCGUGACCUAUUGGGUCUAUGACUGGCAGACGGAGACCAUGACUGACAGAAAAUACGAGGUGAAUGCCAAGCAUCAGUUCUACAAGCAGGAGUAUUGUGGUUGCAGCUACAGCCUCCGCGACAACAAUUACUUCCGCGCCAAGGCUGGGCCUCCGAGCAUUAAAGCUCCCAAACCCUACACCCUAAACCCUAAACCCUACACCGAAGUCUGA